AACUGGCAUCCUCGUCCGGUAAUCGAUUGCAGCAUAACAUGGUUGUGAAGGCAUCCGACGACAUAAAGAUGGUGGAGGUAAACGGAUUCCACACUGUUGGGAUUGGCGCUAGUGCCCGAAAGGCUCUGCUAAGCGCUCUGGAGGAUAAGCGACUAGUUGUUGGAUUGGCCAGUGCAAUUCGAAGCUUGGCCGCUAAUCCGGAACAGUACAACUUUUGCUUUUUGGCUCCUAGCUCCGAGAGCGGCAGUCACAUGCAGGAGGUGCUAAUGGAAGCGUUUUGUUUUGAGCACGACAUAUACAUUAUUCGGGUUGACAGUGCGGACAAACUGAGUCGCCUGGUGCAAUCGCCGGUUAUCGCUUCGUGUGCAUUGGUACGCAAACUACCGGCAAAAAUGGCAAGACGAAUGAAUAACGCCUUCCGCCGUUCAGAAAGCAUCUUGAUCGAGCACUGCGAACUGUACUGGGAUGAGCCACACAAGCCGGUAAUCAAAUUGCCGGAAAAGUGAGCGAAUCACGCUCCGGGUUAACUAA